UCAGAGCUACAGCCUGCACAGCAAGUCUGUGAGGGAAUUCUCUCUUAAAAUUUUCAUCAAGGGAAAUUAGCAUUUUUUUUCUGCAAUACAAAAAGUGAAAAUCCAGACUCCUCACUUUGUACUUUUUUCUCCACCAAAAGAAGCAACAACAAACCUUGGAUGGCGAAUUAACAACCUUCCCAGAUUCCUGCCUUUAGAAGGGUGAAAAGCCCCUGCUGUUCUCCACACACCUGCUGCCUGGAUGGUGGCCCCGGCUCCAUGGCCACACCUGUGAGGAGGACGGGUGCAGCUCAGUGACCCACGUGUGGGGAAACCUCUCAGAGGGGAUCCCCCGUGUGGGCACCCUGUCCAGUUUGAUAGUGAGGGGCCAGAAAAAGCAUUUUUUUUUGGGUGUGGGGGUUAAACUCUGCUUGCAUCAGCCCCCCCGGGUGAGGGGAGGAGAACAGCCACCCCUCACCUCAGAGCGAAGGAACAUGGCGGCAGGAGCCCUGUAGGCCUCACCCCAGGAGUCGACAUCUUCCUCAGCCUCCUGCUCCCUGCCAGGCCCCUCUGCCCAUGGCCUUCCAGGUCUUCUGCAACGUUUGCUUGUGUGAGCCGCAUAAGCCCACUCCGCGGUUCAGCCUCACGAGCUGUGGCCAUGUUAUCUGUGAGAUCUGCCUCCAGAAAGGCAAAAAAGAUGAAUGUUUGAUCUGCAGAACUCCUUGUCGUACAUUAUUCCUCUCAAAACAGACAAGUCCUGAUAUUCAAUCACUGUUCAUGGGAAUAGAUACGUUAUGCAAGAAAUACGCAAAAGAAAUAACACAGGUUGCAGAAUUUCAAGAAAAACAUCGUAAACAUUUAUUAGCAUACCAGAGACAAAAGACAAUGAAGUUGGAAGAAUCUCUCAAGGAGGUAACUCAACAACUUCAUCAGAUGCAAUGCAUGAAACCUCCUGAACAAACUCCACAACUACCAUUUUCCAGUACAAGUAGAAACCCACAUUCCAUUCCUUCAAGAAAACAGAAUGGUUAUUCUUCAUAUUCUCUUCAUCCUAGUCAUCCUUCCACUUCUGAAAUAAUGGAGCCAAUGGAGAUUGAUACUGUACCAUCACCAAUGAGGAAACCUGAUACACCAACUGGUCCGACAAGAUUAUCAUUAAUAACUCCACCACGAGAUGGACGCAUGGGUAGCGUGUCUUACAGAAGCUCUCAGUCAUCCGGAAUUAUGUCAAGUCAAAACAGUAGAGCAGGAUCAACAAGAUCCACACCUAUAAGACUACCGCAUAGUGGAUGUUCAGCUACAUCAUCAUCUGGAUCACAAAGUAGUAGAAGGGGAUCAUGGGCUCCUCCUGAAUUCAGAACCCCUCAACUGUACACAUUUACAUCACCUUCCCCACAGCCAUCCAUAACCAGACAACCAAUCACCAUCCCUGGACUUCUGCAAAGACAACAUUUAGGAUCAACUAAUUUUGGAGGACAUUCAACACAAAGAUAAGCAGACAACUGUGAAUGUUUUUGGUCAAUAAGCAUCUGGAGAAGCCCUACAAAGUCUUUGGACAUCAAAGUAUUUGUAAUUUCAAUAAAAUGUCAAAUUGGCAUAAACCAGUCAACUAUUCAGCAUGAACAAUUUAUUUAAAAUACGACUGAUCUUGCUGAUUAACAUCUACAGUAUUUUUAAAUAGGAGUACAAAAUGCUUUUGCUGAUUUUAGAUAUUUUGGCUUAAAAUAUAUUGUAUAAAUAAACAGCCUUUAUUAACUAAGUGUUAAGACAAAACAUGAAAACAUGAUUAUAUAUUCAAUGAGCAUUUUUUUCUGUGAAUGCACUGGGUUGCAGCAGAACCACAUUUUUAAAUGGUUGUGCCUCUACAGUAUUACAGAUGUGUCCCAUCUCCCCCAAAAAUAUUGAUUUAUGGAUUUUUGAUUCCAGAAUUUCAAAUUUUGGUUCUUAGCAGAUGACCUUUUAUUUGCACUGUUGAAAGGGGUAACGUUUGAGGGAUAUUACAUUCUAGCAGGCUCUGCCAAGCUCAUAAUACAGAAUCUAUUCCGAACCCCAAGAAGUUCACCGUUGGAUGUAGGCAUCAGUGAUUUCUUCCCAAAAUGGAAUGAAAUUGGGAAACUGGGAUGAAGAGACAGUGGAGACCACCUUUACUCACACAGGAACAGCAACUGGAGACUCUGAAUGGAGGGUGCCAGAAAACAACCUUUUUCUUUCAAGAAUAACUCUUACCUUGAAAUUCCCACCAUUACUAUGUAUCUGUGCCAAAUUUUGGUAUGGCUGAGUCAUCGAAUAUGCACCUAUGUUUUGUUUUGGCCCUAACUUUACAUCGACUAUUUUAAAAAUAAUAAAAUUGAAAGCUGUUUUGUUGAAUUAA